AUGCGCGAUCCAUUCCCCAUCCCACCACCAGAACUGCUGGUCCGCGUUGUCAAGCCUUUCGCAGACGCGCUAUCUCUCUCAACCCUACCACUACACGCUCACGAAGUUCUCUUCGCUCUAGGCUUGUACACCUUCACGUGUACGGUGGUCUCACCCUGGCUCUCGAACAGCUUUUACCCGCAGCGAUACAAGGCUCUUGACCGCCGAACUAAAGUCAGCUGGGAUGUCCAUGUCGUCUCGUUCGUACAGUCCUGCAUCAUCUGCAGUCUAUCACUGUACAUCAUCCUAUUCGACGAGGACAGGCACACGUGGAGAGGUGCUAAUGCCUGGGAAAAGCGGGUAUGGGGAUACAGUGGUGCGACUGGGCUGUGCCAGAGCUUCGCGCUUGGGUAUUUCUUGUGGGAUCUUACUAUCUGUGCUUGGAGAGUGGACAUCUUUGGUUGGGGAAUGCUCGCGCAUGCUAUAAGUGCUGUAUCAGUGUUUGCGCUCGGCUACCGACCCUUCUGCUACUUCUGGGCUCCGGUAUUCUUGCUCUACGAGUUGAGCUCGCCCUUCCUGAACAUCCACUGGUUUUGCGACAAAGUCGGCCUCACAGGAUCAACCAUUCAAGCAGUGAAUGGCGCCGUGUUGACAUUUUCCUUCUUUGGCUGUCGCAUCGUCUGGGGCAUAUACAACUCAUUCAACACCUUCCAUGAUAUCUACAGCGCCUACACAGCCGGCCACGCGAAUGCGCCACUGCUCACAAGCGACUCAAACAUGCGGACCAGUGUAAGUGGAGAUAUGGGUAUCUACUAUGACAAUGGCAGGCAGGAGAGGGCUUUCAUGGGAGAGCAAUACUUGCCACUUUGGCUGCCUGCUAUCUACCUGGCUUCGAAUCUUGUCCUCAAUGCCCUAAACAUCUGGUGGUUCUACAAGAUGGUCGCGACUAUCCGGAAGCGCUUCGAUCCGCCUUUCGGCACCAAAGGCGUGGGACCUGAUAUUCUUUACUAUGAGCCUGGGUCUAGAGUAAGGACCAUGACCGAUAGCGUGAAGGAUACUGUACAGGCUGCGAAGGAGAAGGUGGGACUGUCCGUAGGUGCUGCGGCUGCUGAUCCGGAUGAGAUUGACGUUCAGCGUGGCGUGUACGCGGACGGAACAAGGAGUGUAGAGGUCACUGGAACCACAACGAGAGGAAGUGUGAGAAGUCGAAGGAAAGCUUGA